AUGACUGGAAGGAAAGAAAAUAUCGGUUGGCCAUGCGAAUAUGCGUUCAACCACAUUGUUCCAGCUUGCAAACGAAAAGAAGAGCAACAAGUACAGCAUAAUCAACCUCAGCCUCCUAAGAAGCCUCGCCUGGUGUUCACUGACAUUCAACGGAGAACAUUGCAGGCGAUCUUCAGAGAAACGAAGAGACCGUCGCGAGAGAUGCAAUUGACCAUCAGUCAGCAGCUUGGAUUGGAUCCCACGACGGUAGCCAACUUCUUCAUGAAUGCCAGACGGAGAGGCCAUGAUCAGAAAGCUGACGACGACAUGAGCACCAUCAGUGGUGGCAGUAAUCACUGCUUCGACGAGCAGGUAGUGAAUGACUUUUUACGAGGGAUUUCUUACCUAAUUGGAUUUCUUGAUUCACGCGAUUUGCAGGUGCUGUCUCCUCUGCCGCCAACGCCAGUCUUCGAGCAGCUCUGA